AUGAUUUUAUCAAAACAAAAGUACAGCAGAAUGUGGAUUCCUGAUGCACAGGAGGUGUGGAAGUCAGCUGAAAUAACAAAAGAUUUUCAUGAAGAUGACCACAUUCUUUACCUCAAACUGGAAGAUGGACCUAACAUGGAAUAUCACGUUAAUAAAAAAACAGAGUUGCCAUAUCUGCGGAACCCUGACAUUUUAAUGGGUGAAGAUGACUUGACUGCACUCAGUUACCUCCAUGAACCUGCAGUACUUCACAACUUGAAAGUGAGGUUUUUAGAGUUCAACAACAUUUAUACAUAUUGUGGUAUUGUUCUUGUUGCUGUCAAUCCAUAUGAACAACUCCCUCUUUAUGGAGAUGAUGUAAUUUAUGCUUAUAGUGGACAGAAUGUGGGUGAUAUGGAUCCCCAUAUCUUUGCUGUUGCUGAAGAAGCAUAUAAGCAGAUGGAUAGAGAAGAAAAGAACCAAUCCAUUAUAAUAAGUGGAGAAUCUGGAGCAGGAAAAACUCUGUCUGCUAAGUACAUAAUGCGCUAUUUUGCAACUGUUGGAGGAUCUGCAGGUGAAUCCAAUGUAGAGGAGAAGGUCCUAGCAUCCAACCCUAUUAUGGAGGCAAUUGGAAAUGCAAAAACUACAAGAAAUGACAACAGUAGUCGAUUUGGAAAAUACAUUGAGAUCCUUUUCGAUCAUAGGUAUCACAUUAUGGGGGCCAAUAUGAGAACGUACUUACUGGAGAAAUCACGGGUGGUUUUUCAGGCUGCUGAGGAAAGGAAUUAUCAUAUAUUCUAUCAACUCUGUGCCUCAGCUCAGUUGGGAGAAUUUCCUGAAUUGGAUCUUGGUAGUGCUAAGGAUUACUACUUUGUGAAUCAGGGAGGUGAUAUUUAUAUUUAUGAAAGAGAUGAUGUUGCAGAUCUUCAAAGAACUCUCAAUGCUUUCUCUACAUUGGGUAUCUGUGAAUCUCAUCAAAUGGAAAUCUUUCAAAUUUUAGCUGGUAUUCUUCACCUGGGGAAUAUAAAUUUUCAAUCAAAUGACCGUGAUGGUGAAAAUAGCUUUGUUAAUUUAAAUGAUAAGCAUCUUGAUCGAUUCUGCAAGUUAUUGGGACUUGAGAAAAAUCAGUUGGCCCGUUGGCUUUGUCACCGCAAGCUAGUUACAUUAAAUGAAACCUACAUCAAAUCCAUGACUUUGGAACAGGCUGUCCGUUCCAGGGAUGCUCUUGCAAAACACGUUUAUGGGAAGCUGUUUGGUUGGCUGGUGAAUCAGAUCAAUAAAGCCUUAAGAUCAUCUUCAAAGCAACAUGCCUUCAUUGGUGUGUUGGAUAUUUAUGGGUUUGAAACAUUUGAAAAUAACAGUUUUGAACAAUUUUGCAUUAAUUAUGCAAAUGAAAAGCUACAGCAACAGUUUAACUUGCAUGUUUUCAAGCUAGAGCAGGAGGAGUACUUGGCUGAAGGUUUACCGUGGACACUUAUUGAUUACUACGACAAUCAGCCUUGUAUUGAUGUUAUUGAGGCGAAGCUAGGGGUCUUGGAUCUUCUAGAUGAGGAAUGUAAGAUACUUAAUGGAACAGAUGAGAAGUGGGCUCAGAAAUUGUAUAAUCGUCACCUGCAUACAAGUCGUCAUUUUCAGAAACCUAGGAUGUCAAAUUCAACUUUCAUUAUUCUUCAUUUUGCUGCUGCUGUGCUGUAUCAAUGUGAAGGAUUUUUAGAGAAAAAUAGAGACACAGUUUAUGAGGAGCCGAUUAACAUUUUAAAAGCAAGUAAGUCUGAGCUGAUUCGUGAGCUGUUCCCUAAUGAUGCUUCUACAAGAGGUCAGAUCUCCAACAUAACUUUGAAAUCUUUAAGAAAGACCUUGCCAGUGACGAGUGAGCACAAAAAAACAGUGGGAUACCAGUUUCGAGCAUCGCUCCAUCUCCUAAUGGAAACUUUGAAUUCAACGUCGCCUCACUAUGUCCGCUGCCUAAAGCCAAAUGAUACAAAGGAACCAUUCUCGUUUAACCCAAACAGAAUGGUAGAACAGUUAAGAGCCUGUGGUGUUCUUGAAACAAUCCGUCUCGGUGCUGCUGGGUAUCCAUCUAGGUGGACCUAUGUUGAUUUCUUUAGCCGCUACAGAGUUUUGAUGACAGAAAAUAACAUUUCUGCAGAUGAGAAGCAGAUGUGUAAAAACAUUUUGGAAAACCUAAUCAAGGAUGAGAACAAAUAUCAAUUUGGAAAGAGCAAGAUCUUCUUUUCUGCGGGGCAGGUGGCCUAUCUGGAAAAACUCCGCACAAGCAAACUUCGUGCUGCCUGUAUAAUGAUACAGAAGAUGAUGAGAGGUUGGAUGCAAAGAAAAAAAUAUCAGCAGAUAUGCCAAGCCAUUGUUGUCAUCCAGAAAUACACACGCAGAUUUCUAGCAAAACAGCUAGUUGGUCAUUUAAGACUGACAAAGGCUGCCAUAGUCAUACAGAGACAGUAUCGAAUGCUGGCUGUGAGGAGGCUGUAUGUACUUAUCCGUACAGCGGUAAUUACUAUUCAAGCUUAUGCAAAAGGCAUGAUUACAAGACGAAUGUAUCAUAAGAUGGUCCUGGAGCAAAAGGCUACUGUCAUACAGAAGUAUGUGCGAGGAUGGCUGAGCUUUUUAAGAUAUCAAAGAAUCCGGCAUGCGGUUAUCCAUUUGCAAUGUUGUUUCCGACGAAUGAUGGCAUAUCGCGAACUGAAGAGGCUGAAGGUUGAAGCGUGCUCAGUUGAGCACUACAAAAAACUGAACAAAGGAAUGGAAAACAAGAUCUUGCAACUGCAAUAUAAAGUGAAUGAUCAGAGCAAGAACAACAAACUGCUUUUAGAACAAAUGGCAGCACUUACUGCUGCUCGUAGAAAUGAGGUGGAGAAACUUAGGAAUGAAAUAGAGCACCUCCGGCAUAGAACAGAAGAAACUAAAAUCUUGAAUCUGCAACAGCAAAUCGCACAACUCAAAGAGGAACUGGAGGCUGCACAUAAGGACAGAAGAGAUGCAGAAGUUCAAGCAUCUCAGGAGUUAACUGCAUUGAAUCAACGCUUGGGUAUUCUUGAAAAGGAGAAAAUUGAUUUAAGUGAUGAAAAAGAAGCUUUAAACCGAUACCUUCAAGAACAGUCCAAGAUUAUUGAAGAUCAAAUUGCCCUGAAGGUGGCACUGAAGAGUCAACAGUUGCAUGCUGAAUUUGAGGAAGAGCGAUUUCAUUACCAGAACCUUGUGAAAGAAUUCUCCCAUCUAGAACAAAGAUGUGAAAAUCUGAAAGAUGAGCUGACUUUCAUUAAGGAAAAUGAAAUGAGAGAUGCUGAUAUUGGAGAGACAUGUAGCAUGAUUAAGUAUCAAGAACUUGAGCAUGAAAACCACAAGUUGAAAAAUGAACUUGAUCAGCUAAGGAAAGACUUUGCUGAUAAUUCUACUGCAAGUGAUACCAGAAAGCAGAAAGAUGCUGACUCCAGUCUGAAGCAGCUCUCAACUGCCAACGAAGAAAUUGGAGUUCUGAAAGAGGAGCAGAUUUGGCUAAAAUCUCAGCUCGUUAUGGCAGAAAAGGAGAUUGAUGCUAUGAAAAAUAAGGCUACAAUGGCUGACCUCUUUGGAUUACCCAAAAAUGGACAUAAGAUGUCUGAGGAAGAUCUCAGAUGUGCUUAUGAUGCUGUUCGUGUGGCCAACAAACUUCUCCUGGACCAGUUGGAUGAACAGAAGGCACAGCACGUGAAAGAAAUAGCGACUUCUCAAGAUGAAGUGAAAAACUUGCGAGAGAAGCUGAAUGAGCAGCAGCAAUACUUUGCAAAGGCGCUACAGCUGCCACCAGAGGAGCAAAUGGAAGUUGGUUUACAGCAAGAAAUUGCACGACUUAAAAGUGAAAACCUGGAAUUGAUAGAGCAAAUUGAGAUGCAGGAUAGAACUGUAAAUAAACUGAAGCAGCAAUUGAAAUCUGUGAAGAAGUCAGGCAUACUGAAAUAUUUAGCUGAGCCCAAGGUGACUGAAUUGUCAAAUGUACCUGUCAUCCCUUGGAAACGUAAGGACUUCCAGGGAAUGCUAGAAUGUCGAAAAGAAGACGAAGCGCACUUAAUCAGGAACCUUGUCACUGAUCUGAAACCGCAAUCUGAUGCGGUAAGUGCCUUACCAACGCUCCCAGCUUUCAUUGUCUUCAUGUGUAUCAGGCAUGCAGAUUAUACAAAUGAUGAACAGAGAGCCCACUCUCUGUUUACAGCUGUCCUUAACGGAAUCAAGAAAGUCCUCAAGAGAAGUUCAGAUUUUGAGAUGGUGGCAUUCUGGCUAUCUAACACAUAUCGUUUGUUGGUCUGCUUAAGGCAGUAUAGUGGAGAUGAGAACUCUGUGGAAAUGAACACACCAGAACAACGAAAACACGUCUUGAGAAACUUUGACCUUUCCCAACAUUGUCUGAUUUUGUCAGAUCUUGCUGUUCAACUUUACCAUCAAUUGAUCAAAGUUGCAGAAGGAAAGCUUCAAGAAAUGAUUGUGCCUGGAAUGUUAGAAAAUGAUACCAUUUGGAGUGUUUCAAGUGUAGCUGCAAAACCAGCAGGUUAUAGGAAGAAAACAGGAAUUCUUUCUGGCGAAAGUACGACAUUCACACUGAACUCCAUCAUUCACCAACUAGGCUUGUUUCACAAUAUCCUCUCCAAAUAUGGUUUGCAUCCUGAAAUUAUUAAACAAGUUUACCGUCAGAUUUACUACAUAAUUACAGCAGUCACGCUGAACAACUUGCUUCUCAGGAAGGAUGUGUGUUCCUUCAGCAAUGGAGUCCAAAUCAGAAACAAUGUCAGCCAUCUAAUUGAAUGGCUAAGAGGCAAGAAUCUACAUCAGAGUGGUGCACUUGAGAUACUGGAGCCACUGAUACAAGCUGCGCAGCUCUUGCAAUUGAAUAAAACAACCAAUGAGGACGCUGAGGCAAUCUGUUCAAUGUGCACCGCACUCUCAAAGUCACAGAUUGUGAAAAUUCUGACUCUAUAUACACCUAUUAAUGAAUUUGAGGAGCGUGUGACUAUAGCUUUUUUAAAAAAUAUUCAGGAUCGAUUGGCAGGUAGAAGUCCAAGUCGCCGUCUGCUAAUGGAGUUAAGGCAUGUAUUUGCUGUAAAUUUUCCGAUCAUUCCUUCACCGGUGAACCUGGACAAGAUUAAAAUUCCGGAAAUCUUGAAACUGGACUUUCUAAAUAGAAUUUGAUCUAAAUACAGGCAUUUAGCCAUCUGGAGUGGGUACACAACUUGCAAGAUUUUGGUUAAGAAUGAGUUUGAUUUGCAGAACUAGCUUGUUGCAAGUGACAGAUAAAUGACAGUUCAACUUUGUUGACUAUUAAGUAAAUUCAAUUAGAAAGGCCAGGUUUUAUUGGCAGUAAUUUAUUUACGGUUCCUUUUUAAACUUGCAGAAAACUCUGAAAUGUGUAUUUGUGCAGCUUUGAGAAUCCCAAGGUACAGUUAUUUUAGAUUCUCAGCACAAAACUGAAGGGGGAUAUGAGUUUGAUAAGUUGCAAGGACAACUGAGAAUUUAGCUUGAGGCAACUGGCUUGGGGUGACUUGAAUUGUGGGUUGGCAUUUUGUUAGUCCACAUGCACUGUAUUCAUCACUGCAUGCAUGUUUGGUUUAGUGUGAUUCAAAAGUGAAAUGCUGAGCAAACUCUCAAAUUUAUUGAGCAAUUAGCCACAACAUAAUUUAUACCUUUUUCAUUUCUUUUGCAUUUUUUGUCCACUUAGGGAAUUGGGCAUUUGAUAUUUAAGACAUACUGUUUGUCACUGAUUUGACAAGGGGAAAAUUUUGAGAUGGUCGAAUCAUUUGCUUAAUGUAUCACUGUAUCCUUUUUUAAUUGGAAUCUUAAGAGGGAAAACACAACAAAAUAAAGCAAGCAUGAAAAUGUUGUGGUUCUCUCCUCUUUAAACUUAAACUGCUCCUGUAUUCUUGAUGAAUUUUAAAUAGGUAAGAGGGCAGCUUGUUUGUGACACUGAUGUAACAUGAUCAUUGCUGAGAAGCAUCUAAUUUGAAAUAUAUUUAAGUAGAGACUAAUGCACACUUCAAGACGUCAAUGUUUUUUGUAAGGAUCUAACAAAAUAUGAAUGUUUCUGCAUUGUUUGAAAA